AGGCAUUCUCUUGCUUCACAUGCUCUGCAGCCUGCUGCAUGGAACACAGAACUGUUAGGGGAGGUGUGGGGCGUGUACCUAUAUUCCUCUCUAAACCCUCACAGGCCACCUUUGGUAGGAGCUUUCAGAUGGAGCAGUGACACCAAGGAGCUUUUAUCUAUUCUCCGCGAAGAUUGAAAUUUGUAUUGGAUAAAAAAAUACAAGACAAAGAUUAAUUUGACCCCAACUCACGGAUUUCAGGUAUAGGAUUUUUGACAUUUAAGACAAAGAGCUGCUUUUCUUGUAUUAUUAUUAUUGUUGUUGAGUGCGGACCAUGUGAGCUCUUCAAGGACUUACUGAAAUAAAUGGAUGUUCAUCCUCAUUUAAUAAUGGUUCAUUUUGGGAAUAUUUGACAAGACAAAGAUGAAAUCCUUCCUGGCAAGAAGCACACUUCUCCUAAUGCUGACUCUGACUGUCUUACAAGGUGCUUUGAUAUCUGAUGUGAAAUCCAAGAGCAACCCCAGAAGUCUCCCAGACUCCGGGGCGUUUGGCUCCAGGGAAUCUGCGGGUUCGCACCUGCCUGAGAGCGCAAAGUCCCGGCAGAAGCGAUGCACCUGUUAUUCCUACACGGAUAAGGAGUGCGUCUACUACUGCCACUUGGACAUCAUCUGGAUUAACACCCCUGAGCACACUGUGCCGUACGGUAUGUCCAGCUACAGAGGACAACAGAGGAGGAGACGUGCUGCUGGACGAGCUUCUGAAGGGGACUGGCUUAAAGCACGACGCUGCGUUUGUGUUGUGGCUGAUGCAGACCCAGAGUGUCAGGAUUUCUGCCUGCAAAGCCAUCGUCAGACUCUUCCUACCACGAGUCUCCACAGAAUCCCCGGCCAUGGAUGACAGCCAGCGUCUCUCCAUCUUCUGCAUCUCAUCUCGGCUGAACAGCCUUUUCCCUCACCUUUAGCGUUGUCCCCCCCACACUCUCAGUUUGGCAUCUUGCCUCCCAGGUACAUGCAGUCAAAGGAAGAACUUUUAAGUUGCACACUGCCAACAUUCCUCAGCAUCAAAACUCUUGGAGCAAGUUCCAUCAGACCAAGGGGUUUCACAAACACGUCAGCAUAUUUGAUGCAGAUCCCCGGAGGUUAUUUCUCUUUUUGUUCCCUUCUGAGAGAACCGCAGGGAUUACUUUCGCCAUAUUAUAAAUGCAACAGCCAAUGACCUAUCUUAUGUCAAGCUUAAUCAAAUGGACACUUUGGUUUAAGUCCAAGUGAUAUGAACUUCACUGGACUAAUUCUUUAAAAACACAGAGUCUAUGAAAACUAAUUCAUCGUGAUCCAAGUUGCGUCCUUGUGUAAGACUCAGUUCCACAACAGUGUAGGAACACCGAGAGCCACUGAAACAGGAAAAGGUGACAAUGAUUAUAGUGAUUUGCUAUCUUAGAGUCAAAUUGACUGAAAUCUGCUAAGAAAACUAGAGGGCAAGACUUAUGCUACACAUGUUAUAGAACUAAUGUUUUUGUGCUCUAUUUGCAGCUUUUAAUGGUGACUGGCUGUUCUUUACUUUCUUUUCUGACUUAAGAAUGAGCCAACACUGAUUGUGUACCCUGUGUGAACUAUCUCAAGCUGUGUAGGAUUACAAACCUCUCGCAACUCAUACUGGAUAACGAUAUUCUCUUCCUAUAAUUGUCAAUAAGCUGAGGAUCGUUUCUGUAGUUUAAAGUUCAAUUCAAUUCAAUUUGUUUAUUUAUAUAGCGGCCGCCAACUCACGACAAUAGUCGUCUUAAAGCACUUCACAUGGUAAAAAUUCCAAUACAGAUCAGUCCAUUAAGUCAAUCAGUAAAAAGUUUCCUAUAUAAGGAACCCAGCAGAUUGCAUCAAGUCACUGACUGGUGUCACUGACUUUACAACAAUCUUCAUACUAAACAAGCAUGCAGUGACAGUGGAGAGGAAAACUCCCUUUUAACAGGAAGAAACCUCCAGAGGAUCCUGGCUCAGUAUAAGCAGCCAUCCGCCACGACUCACUGGGGAUUGAGAAGACAGGGCAGGCACACGCACACGCGCGCGCGCACACACACACACACACACACACACACACACACACACACACACACACACACACACACACACACACACACACACACACACACACACACACACACACACACACACACACACACACACACAUCAACACCCACACCAACACCUACCCACCCACACACACAACAUACUGUAUAUGCCAAGUAGUGUUUCUGUGAUUGCAUUGUGAUUUCUUAGUAAAUAUUCUAUUUAGUAAGAGAUAAACUUUAUUGUAUUUAUCCGAGUGAAUCUAUAAUUAAUUGAACAGGUAAACUAGUAGUAACACAAUCUAUGUCAAAGAAAGUAAAAAGUAUUGUCAGGCGAGGGAGAAUGUUUAAGUGGUUAGAAGCAGUGUAUAAGCCAUUGGCCCCCUCCAUGAGGCCACCACAGCUCAGUAGAACACCAUUGUAGCUUAUUCUGGGGAGAAAAAGACAAAGUAAAAAUAAAGUUAACAGCUGAAAUAGCAGGAAAUAAUGCAGUGAAAGAGCAAAUUGUGGAUGAAAGUAGUCGAGUGUGGAAAGUGGUCAGUAUGUCCUCCAGCAGUCUAAACCUAUAGCAGCAUAACUACAGAGGUAACUCUGGAUAACCUAGCCUUUUAAUUGGAGACAUGUUGGAAGCAGGGCAAGGGAGAGCCAUCUUUACAAACUGUAUUCUCCACCUCCCUCUACUCCCCCCACCUGUCCAGAUCUGGGCUAACAUCAGCAUGGGCUAACAUGUGCUUGUUUCAGAAACUAGCAGAAUGCCACAUCAGAGUUCAACUUAAAACGGCAGUAUUUGGAUUCUUAUUUCCUGAUAUUUAGCCAUCUUGCCUCUUAUUGGCUAACACCAAUGCAUACCACUGACUGUUUGCUCUGCACUGUGGAUGUUUUAUCUCCACAAAUAACACAAGCCUGCUGUGUGGUGGAGUGCCUAAUGUUAAUGUUCAGCUUAUACUAGCCGAGUUUGCUCUGCUCUCUCCUGGAAGUCAAGACGGGUGAGUUCAUGAAUGUUAAGUGACAGUGUGGCGUAGAUCUGCCAUGUUUUUCUAAUCCUAAAGUGUCACUAUCUAUUUUCUAUCAGAAGCUAAUGCAGGAGAUAGGUGUAGGAGACCAUUUUCAUGUUCAGCCUGCAUGAAAAACUCAGAUUGGCCUAUUUUAAUCACAAAUAAUAUUAAAAUUAAAGCUGCAAGCAGUGUCGUUCGGCCCUCGAAGCUCCGCGCCGCUCCGGCCUGGCCGGCAGCCUGGGGCACCCGGGCGCGUCCGCGGAACAGAAAUGUCGACCACCCCGACACCAGAAACCACGAACGGUCUCCUCAUCCGCACCUCACCCUGACUCAGCAUGUCCUCUGAGCCCACCAUUAAAUUACACAUGUCACCACUAGGUGAUACUCUAUCUUUACCACACUGGUGGUAUGAUGACACAGACCAGGUUUAAUGCUAUUCUGCCCACGUUUUUCAAAGUUAUUGAAGGUUAAGGUUAUCUAGGGGACGCUGUGACCAAUUACAUAAAAAUCCCAAUGAGGUCCUCUUAGGGAGUCAAAGAUGGCUUUGUGGUAGUUUGGCAUCAAUCAAACUUUGCUUGUGCUUUCUAGAGCCAGAGAGCUGAAAAGGGGAGGAGCUAAAGGGAUUUGAACCAACAACCACAUCAAUGUGUUUGGUGCAGUCACGUGAUGACACAAGCCAAGUAAAAUGCCAUUCUGACCUUGUCUUUAGAAGUUAAUAAAGUUUGAACCUAUCUCGGGGGUGCUGUGACCUUUUACAACUAAGUUCCAUGGAGGUCAUCUUUGGUCAUCAAAGAUGGUUUUCUGAUAAUUUGAAAUCAAUCAAACAUUGCAUGGGUCAUCUACAGCCAAAAGGCUGUAAUUGGGCGGAGUUAAAGUGAUUUGAAUGAGUGAGCACAUACAUGUGUUGGUUGCAGUUGUGUGAUGACCCCCACCAUGUUUGAUAUAGUUUGGAGCUCUUUUGUAGAAGUUACAAAGGUUUUAUUGUAUCUAGGGGCGCUGUCCCAAAUUUAGGAAAAUAUCCCAUGGAGCAGCUUGUAGGUUGACAACAAUCAUUUGCGUGUAGUUUGGUGUGAAUUGAAUUAUGCAUGUGUUAUUCAGGGCCUAAUAUCUGUCAGGGGGCGGAACUAAAGCAAUAUCAACCAAUGACCACAGGAUUGUUUUGGGUGCCAUUAUGUGAUGACACAUAGCAAGUUUGAUGCAGUUGCGACCUCGUCUGUAGGAGUUAUUACAGAUUUAAAGGAAUUUAGGGGGCGCUGUGGUGAUAUUAUGCAACGUUCACCAACUGUUUGUGCCUCAUUGGCUAAAGGGCAUGAUUGUUGAUCGCCAUGUUCAGUCUUGUGAAGAUCGGAGGCUGUUUGUGGAAGUUACAGUCAAACGUAAGGUCACUGCGUCAUAACAGAAUUCGCCAUGGCAUUAAAGCCCCUCAGUUUCUGGAAAGCUAUCAGAACUGAAUGGUCAUUACAGCAUCAUGAAGACAGUGCAUGACCUUAGUGUCAUGUUGACUAAAUUAGAGGGGACAAAUAUGGGCCUUUCACCAUAAAACAAUAGACUUCCUGUUGUCAGGGGGUGGGGCUUAGGUGAUGUCAGCUGUCCACAUUGUCAUUGUCUGGAGAUGUGGUCAGUGAUCACACAGACAAAGUUUGAUAUAGAUCUGAUCAUGCAUAUGGGAAUUAUUACAUCAAUGAAUGGCGAAAGGUCAAAUUUUGAGGCUUAGCCACGCCCACACCUUUCAGCUUUAGAAAAAUCCAACAGUUGAAUUUUUUCCCCUAUGUCUUAAGAGUAUAUAGUAAAAGUUUGAAGGCGAUCGGUAAAAAGGACAACGGGGCAUCAUUCUCAAAACAAUGUGUGCGAAAACCACUAAAUCGAGUACCUGGACCAAAAUGGCCGACCUCCUGUGCGACGUUGUGCUUUCCUCCAAAAGACUUUUUUGUUGGUCCUGAAACACUACAUUAGUGUACCAGAUUUUGUAAUCCUCAGUCAAAGCUUGGCUUGGGGCUGACAGUUUAUAUGGUCCUAGGGGGCGCUAUUUAAGAAAAUAGACCACGCCCAACAGAUUUUCACAUCAGAUAUUUGGGCGGCGGGACUAGGAUCACUCACCAGAAGUUUUGUGGCGAUAUCUUUAGAAAUGACGAAAUGGGAGGCAAACGUAUUUGCAUGGUGUGAUCAUGAAUUUCGCCAUGCUCCCAAAGCCCCACCUUUUUUCGAAACCUGCCAGUACUGGACACCAAGUGACCUCAACUUAUCUACUGCUAUUUGCCAGAGAUUGCUGGUGAUUGGGUGAAAGGAGUCCAAUAGGGAGCUGUGAAAAAAAGAGUGGCGUGGCGACAGGUCAAAGUUUGAGGCUUAGCCACGCCCAUACCUUUCAACUUUUGAAAAAUCAGAUGGUUGAAUUUUGUCCCCUAUAUCUUAAGAGUAUGUAGCAGAAGUUUGAAGGUGAUCGGUGAAAAGGGCGACGGGGCAUCAUUCUCCAAACAACGUGUGAGAAAACCACUAAAUCGAGCACUUGGACCAAAAUGGCCGACCUCCUGUGCGACUUUACCCUUGGCUGCAAGAGACUUUUUUGUAGGUCCUGAGACACUACAUUAGUGUACCAAAUUUCGUAAUCCUCAGUCAAAGCAUGACUUGGGGCUGACAGUUUUGGUCCUAGGGGGCACUAUUUAAGAUAAUAGGCCACGCCCACUGGAUUUUCACAUCGGAAUUUUUUGGGGGGCAGACUAGGAUCAUUCACCAGAAGAUUUGUGGCGACAUCUUUAGAAAUGACGAAAUGGGAGGCAAACGUAUGGCUACGGCAGUGCACCUAGCUUCACCAUCCCGCAACAGCCCCGCCCUCUUUUGAAAACUCCCAUUAAGUGAUGCCAAGCAACCCCCACUUGUCUUGCGUUACCUGCUAAAAAUUUGUGGUGAUUGAGUGAAAUGGGGUGAUUUGAGACCUAUCACAGUAAAACUUGAUCUUUAUGGUCCUGAGGGGGCGGGGUUUGUGUGAUGUCAUCAUCCAACCAUUCAGUUUACUUUUUGGGUGGAUGUCAAAUGACCACAGAAAUUUUUGUAACUUUACUCUAUUCAAGUAUGAAGUUAUAGCCAUUUAUAUUUUUUUGGCGAGUAGUCGAAAUUCAAGGCCUGGCCACGCCCCCUCAGCAUAUACGAAAACUCAGUUUUAUUUUUUAUGUUUGAUCGCCCAUUCUUUCUGAGCAAUUUCCCACAACGUUUGAGACGAUCGUGCAAAAAGUGAUCGAGUAAAUCAAUCAGAAGCGGACCCUAGAAACGGCCAAAAUGGGGUCAAAAUUGCAACUUUAAACCAAAAUGGCCGACUUCCUGUUUGAUGUUGACCAUGGUUGCAAGAGGCUUUUCUGUGCGGACUGUUGGAUACUACAAGUGUACAAAAUUUCAUAACUGUACAACAAACUAAGGUUUAUGGAGGGGGGUAUUUUUCACAUUCUGGGGGCGCUGUGGAGCUAUUUUUAUUGCGAUUUUUUUGGGACCUUUAAAAUACAAAAUUUUGCACCACGCCUGACAUGUGUGCAAACAUUCCUGAGUUUUCGGGUAUGUUAAGGCCUCCAAAAAGCCAGUUUACUUGGCGGAAGAAAUGUAAACAGAGCAGAUACAAUAGGCCUUUGCAGCGCUUUCGCUGCUCGGGCCUAAAAAUGUUUUGUCAGUGAACCACAACUUUAAGGAAGUCUUUUUUGCUCUAGUCACGUGUAGCGUUCUCACAGAACUUUAAAUUUUUAGCUUCAUAUUUGUAGGAUAUUAUGAGCAUUAAAUGAAAUAUUUACUGGAUAAUCCUAGCUUCAAGCACAUUUGCACAUCUGUUGUUAUCACACUUGAAAGAGAACCUUGUCGAGACUCUGGAAGGCGGCUGUUCUAAACAAACUUCAGAGCUAUUAAUUCAUGAUGAGCACGAUCAGGCCUCGAGCCGACACAACCACCUGGCCUACGGUGCAUGUUUGAGGCCAAUACCUUCUAGUAGCUGGGUAUGCUUUGCACUCCAGGACAGGGUGGAGUACAAAAACUUCAUUUGCUAGAUCCAAAAAUGACCUGAUGGCUCACGUGGAUGAAUGUUGAUAAUAGAUAAUUGGAUUGGAUAAUUGGACAGGAAGUAUUACUGGAAUAUCUUGGGCUUGGGACACAGCACUUUGUCCUGUGCUUAUGGUAUCCCCAUCCAAAAUACAUUGGACCAAUACACUGACUGAAUAUUCUGAAAUGGUUUGCAACAACUUAACUAAAGUAAAGCCACAAGUUAAACUGACCAGCUGAUGCGAGUCAGAUUAAAUCCACUAUAGCUGUACAAAUGGUCUAAACCUGAUCUUUAUUGAGAUUUCCUGCAGUAAAACACUAUGAAUUGCUUCCAUAGUCAAACAAUUGGGUUUAUUUGCUCAUAUAUACCCACAUACCCAUAACUAAAUAUUUUCUGUGUCUUAUGACUGGAGGUGAACACAAAAAAGAGUGAACAUUCAAGUAAUUGUGAGUAUGUAUUUGUUUAUGUUUGCAGCUCAUAUGAGGGGAAUUAUAUAGGAUUGAAGCAUUUCAAGAAAAAACAGCACAGGUGGGGCGUAGUCUUUCUGCUGGACCCAGAAGCUUAAACUGUGUUUAUUUUGUUUCUUUUCCUGUUUUUAUUGGCGCAGAAUGGAAUUUAGAACAUGCUCUUGACAUAAUAUACAUGCAUGAGCAAAGAGGAGAAAGGAGACGUGCAUGUGCGAUCCAGCUCAUAUGUAUUUGUGCCUCUUGGUCAGUCGUAUAAAAUGUUAGCGUUUGAUGCUCCAUAAGAAAUAGCUUUAUUUUCAGAAUGUCUGAAAAUUUUAUAAAAUGUCUAAAAUAAUAUUUAUUAAAGUAUUCAGUCUUUAUUUAGUCUUUUGUCAUCAAAGCAAACCAAUGAGUAAACUGAUAACUCAACAAAUACUUGAUAGUAUUCGGUUUUGGAAUAUUUUUCUAACUAAUUUGGUUCUAUGUUUGAUAGGAAAUUUCUAUUGCUGCCCACGGCUAAGAUUUUCUCCAGCUUAAAAACAAAAGAUUGAUCCAAAGUCUAUGAAUCAUAUCUAUGAGCCAUGCUGAUUUAUUGGAAGAACAUUAGGUGAACACAUAAAAACAAACAUGUCAAUGGAUGAAUACAUAAAUAAAUAAAAACUGGAUUUAUUUCACCACUAAAGACUCGCUCAAGCUUGCCCAGCCAUCCAGCAUUGCCAGGACAAAGAGGAAUGCUUUUACUUUUAAGAGACUGUGGUUGGAUAGGUGAAGGAGAAGAAAACGUUGUCUCCCUAAAUAUGAGUCGAAGUAGGAAUUUAAUAUUGUGAUUCUUAGGGAAACCAUAGAGAUGGUUACCCUUUUAAAGUGAUGUUCCGAUCCAAAUGACAUCCAUAGUCUGUGGUGGAAUCCAGUAAUCAGGAUGAUGUUUCAAAAUGAAAAACAUUUCCCUAAAGUAUUUUGAACUCAAAAUGCCAAAUGGAAUUACUAAUUUUAGAAGUAUUCAAUUUGGACUGUGGCACAUUCCAAAUUCCAUUCCAGAACUGGGGCUUACUUUUCAAUUUUCAAGAAACUCCUGAAGACCCUGCUCUUCAGAGAGCAUCUUCUAAACUAGCACCCUCCCUGCACCCGUCCCCCCUUUCUACUGUCCACUCCUUGUUCCCUCCUCUCCAUGAUUGAUGUCAAGUUGUUGUUGUUAUUGUUGUUGUUAGCCUCAAGGGCAACAUGCCGAUUAUCACUUGUAAGUCGCUUUGGACAGAAGCGUCUGCUAAACACAUAAACAUAAACAUAAAUGUCAAAGCACCCAUUUCAUUAAAAAACUAGGGUAACGUUAACACAUACAAUAUUUACCAGUUGUCUAUUUUCUCUGUAGAAUGUGUACAAUAACUAUGUAUGACAUGUAAAAUUGUUUUUUAUUUUCAUAUUUAUAUUUUAUAAUAAUAAACAGAAAGCAGGUUAAUAUAAAAAGAACAAAUUUGUGAUUAGUGAUGGAUAACAGGAUAUGUCUUGUAAUAUAAACGAACUGAUCACUUCAUUUACAGUUAUUGUCUCUAACUUGUACAGCCUGUCACAUUUUUACUGUUGGUCUUGAUCAUGAAAUACAUUUAUAACUCUUCGUGCAAUUUGUUUCUUGCCAUCAGAACCUGUUUUUUUUUCUUCUUUUGUGUGGAAUAUUUCUUUUUGUAAAGACCUACAAUGCUGAUAACAUAUUAAAGAACCUCAAAACACUCA